AUGCUCGUACCCAACGGCCAGCCGGUAUCCACUACCUCGCUUCAUCGGGUCCGCUUCUUUGACCACGCCCCUUCGCCCAUCACCGCCCUCGCAUUCUCGCCGACCCCUCUACCGGCCGCCUCCGACCCUGCUGCAAAGGGCAAAGCCAAGCAGCUUAGCCAUGAGGCUGCGAAUGAGCUUGGUGUGCUCGUAAUAGCCAGGGAGAACGGAGAGGUAGAAAUAUGGGAAUGGGUCGCUCCGGAGGAAUCCUCGAUGGGGAACUGGGUGCUGGAGAGGAUAUUACCACCCACAUUGACACAUCCGGGCGUAUCACUCAUGGCUCUUGUCAUUCGUGAUCCUUCUGCCUUCUCGCAGAAGGCAUACCGAGUCCCCAAAGUCGCCGAUCUGAGACUGUACACCUCGGGGUCGGAUUCGGGCGAUCUGGUCGAGCGGUGUCUGUCUACUGGGCGCAUACUGCAAGCAUACUCUAUCCCUGCACCACCCUUAUGGGCCAUGUCAGUCAGCCCCACCCACUCUAUUCUCGCCCUCGCCACAACCUCCCCCACACUUCAUUUCCUCUCCCUCACCUCUUCCGGUCUGGAACCACCUCCCGCCCAUCUACUCCGAUGCGAGCCGGUCCCGUCGCGUACACGAACCGUCUCGAUCGCUUGGGGUCCGCCGCGCUUGGCACAGGACGGCAGCGAGCAGGUCUGGCAAGAUACCUACUUUGUCACUGGAAAUUCAGAUUCCAGCUUCCGGAAAUGGGAGCUGCCGUCCAGCGAUCCGAACGCCCCUGGAGCGGGGCGGGUAUCGAUCAAGGGGCGAUCAGUGGUGGAGAAGAUCAAGGUGCAAAAGAAGGGAACAAAGGGGACUAUUGUAUGGGGCGCUGCGGUCCUCCCGGACCACACCAUCGUCACUUCAGACUCACUCGGAACCGUCAUUUUCUGGGACGGCGCCUCUCUCGCCCAAAAACAAUCGUUCAAGGCGCACAAGGCGGACGGGAUGGUCCUCAUACCCGGACCACAUGGAAAGACAGUAUUUACCGGUGGACCAGAUCAGCGGGUCUGCCAAUUCACCCUCGUCAACGGGCAAUGGCAGAUUACCGCCUCGAAGCGACUCCACUCGCAUGACAUCCGCGCCCUCGCCGUCUUUCCCGCCUAUACCCCUGCGCCUCCCGGAACCAUUCCGGCCAACAACGAGGUGGCGCCCGUCCUCGCUAGCGGCGGUUGGGACAUGAACGUCAUCCUUACGCCUUGCGCAUCUCCCGAGAUCCUCGCGUCAAGGCUGCGCAACCCGCUCGGACGGAAUAAGGGGCUUUCGCGGACAGUCUUUGAGGAGGCGUACAUCCGGCGGAUGAGCUACCUCGGCGGAGGCAGAGGUACCGGGCGGAUCUCCAUAUCGACGGGAUCGCGCUUGGUAUUGGGGCGGAAAGAGCGGUCGGUCGGGAUUUGGCGGAUAUUUGAGGAAGAGCAGGGAUGGGAGAAGGUCUUGGAGAUGGAUCUGAAGCUGCGGACUACAUUGGUCGCGUCGGCGAUUUCGGACGAUGGGCGCUGGAUGGCGGUAUCGGAUCUAUACGAGACCAAGCUGUUCCGUCUCACCACUUCCCCGGCCGGCACCUUGAUCCCUCGCCGAAUCAAGACUUUCGUCUCGACACUCAUCUCGGCCGAGUCGACCUCGCAUCUCUCGCUCGACACAGAAGGAACAGGAUCGGGCAUUCUGGUCUUCGCGCCCGACUCGUCUCGUCUUGUCAUGGGCCUUGCCAUCUCGGGACAGGUCCUCGUACUCGGUCUCCAGGAGGACGAGGAGGACGUGGAAGUCGCGGCGUGCUUUUCUCGGUCGGAGGCAGCCAUGCCGGGGCGGAUCAUCAAAAAGGGCAAAAAGGGGAAGAAGGAGAUGCCACCUCCGGAUCUGCCGAAUGGGGAUGACGACGAGAUGAAUGGUGAUGGCGGAGAGACCGUGGAGGCAAAGCGAAAUGGAGAUCUGGCGAAGGUGGCGUGUAUGGCGGUCAGCAGUGAUGGGCAGUGGCUGGCGGUUUCGGAUCUGGGCGGAAAGGUGUCAACCUAUAAUAUGGACACAUUACGGCCACAUUCGGUGCUGCCCACACUACCCCAAUCCCCAUUGGCUCUCCUCUUCCCCCCUACCCACCCUUCCCUUCUUACCAUCGUCCUCCCCACUCAAUCCCUAUCCUUCUACCAUAUCGACGACCGCCGACUCCUCGGCUCCACGCCCCAGCUCGACAUCCUCAACCGCGCCCUGCGGGACCAAUUCCUCCCUAUCCAAUCCGCCUCGUUUGAGCCUUCCCGCUCCUCCCCCAAAGCCGCCAAGAUCGUUAUCUGGUCGAGCGACUGGGUAUGUACCGCGCGUCUCGACCUCGACCUCAUCGGCCGAGUGCGGAAACUAGGCAAUGGAACGUCCAAAUCGUUUCAAAAGAAUCUGCGGCGCAAGUGGGCCGAAGAGGCGCGGGAUCAGCUGGAACGUACUUCCGCUUCCAGUCCUUCUCUCUCUACUUCGGACGCCGCGCCGUCUACGCCAAACGGAGCGAUAGGAUCCCCAUUAUCAAGGCAAGUAUCGAGCGAGCCUUCGGCGGGGAAGAGCUCGAGCGAGGAUCCGGAAUUCGCAAAGUUUACGCAUGAUCGCUUUAGGGCGGUGGCGGGGAUAGAGUGGGUAGGGGAGGGGGAGAUGGUUGUGGUGGAGAGACCAAUGGGAGACUUUGUGGACGAGCUGCCGGCGAUGUUCCAUAUGGGUGGGUAUGGGCGGAGCUAG